UGUAAACAUUUAAUGUCGCUGAUGAUAAAAUGCUUAAAUUCCGAAACACCCGAAGAUUAAACAUGUGAUUUGUUCUAUUCGUUAGUAGUUACCGAACUGCUUGAAAAUGUGCAAUUUAUUCUUAUGUGUGAAAUUAUUUCAUUAACAGGAUUUUGGUGUUGCGUUAAGUAAAUAAAUUAGAAGAUAAACAAAAGAUAAAUACAUUAUUAUUAUUUGCUGUGUGAAGGCUUAAUUAAAUAGUAUCAAAUUAACAAUUUGAAGAAAAGGAAGAAACUGUAACUUGUUAUGAGUUAUAAGCCCUCUCACCAUUACUUGCCAACCGAUAAAGAAUUUCUGAAAUUGUUGGUCGUGUGUGCAGCCAUAUGUUUGAUGUCAUGUUGAAAUUGUUUUAGUGAGUAGAAAUGAUUUCAGUUAAUACAGUCUACAACAACUUUUAUGAAUACGCUAACAACAUAGUGACUGUUACAAUUCUGUAUAUUACAAGUCAAUUGUAAUUGUAUCUGAAGCUAAUUUCACAAACUAGACUACUACUAAUAGUAAUACUAAUAAUUAUAUGAUACAAGAUAGCGUGAUAAACCUACUAAUGUUCUUUGUAGAUGAAUUUGUACCUAUGUCCUGAUUACAGUGUUGGGACAAUGUUGAUUUUAGGUUUUAACUUUUACUGUUUUACUUGUUAGUAGUAGUAGUAGUAGUUAUGUGCAUGAGCUAGUUGAAUUGCAGUUUAUGGGCUCAUUCAGUCAUUGUGCAGAGUUUGAUAUUAUAAUUUGUAUGUAGUUUGUCAGUGACUCAUACUCAUAGAGUUUUACCUACUGUGUAAACUAUUAAUAUUAAAGAAAAUUCAGCUAGUUAUUUAAUAAGUCAAAUAAAUGCACUGCAUUAUAUCACCCCUUGCCCCUCAACAUUUUGUUUUCUAAGUCUAAUAUGUUUAGACAAGAACUUAGAAACUGGACAGUAUAUUGUGAGUGUAAUGUAGUGGAAUAAUUGAAUUGAUUGUGGAAAGAUUAACACAAGUAUAAGACUUGGAGAUGCCAAAGAAAAAGAAGGGAAGACCGUAUGGAAAAAAUAUUAAUACAAAAAUUCUCAGUAGCAGCAGUAAGUACAACAACAAUAUUCAAAAUUUUUCUCUCGGGAGUUACAAUAAUAUUCAUGAUGGACAACCAGUUCGUUAUUUACCUAGAAUGGUUGGUAAUGGUAGUGACAGUUCAUAUGUUGGCUUGGAAGUGAGGAAUGAAAACACUGAAGUUAUUCAGGAUGGCUCAUCAGUAAUGCAAAGAGAAUUUUCAGUUCGAGAUGAUGUUGAUCCUCAUGCAUCCUUGAAAUAUUUACAAGAAAUGUUUCAUGAAAAGCUGGAUGCAGAUGUUGUUCAUAUGGUAUUAUCAGAAUGUGAAUUUAAUGUGGAGCAAGCAUUAGAGACUCUUUUUACACUUAUAAGUAAUGGUGGUUGUCAUGACGAUGAGGGAAACUUGCACACUAAUUCAUCACAUAGAUUUUCUGGCAGUUGGUGUGUGGAUUCUUCAGACGGAAGGAUUGGGUUUUCUGGAGCUAUGUCUUUAGGUAGCCCAGGGAGCAGUGGGGAGCAAGAUUCAAGCUUUAACGAAGGACCAGUUGUUAGCACUUCAGAUGUUGAGGUUCAUCAUUCUGCAGAUGAUAAUACAGAAGAUGAAGCAAGAGCUCUUAGUGAUGAUAGUUCUAAUUCAGUGGAUAACUGUUAUGGGUCUGACAAGGAGAAAAAAUCAGCAGAAAUAAAAUAUGCAUUAGAUGAAGAAAUUAUAAGAAGUGACAAUGAAAAAUUGUCUUUCAGUGGCAAAUAUUUGGAAAAUAAAUCUUCAGAUAGUGAUAAAUCCACUGGUAACAGUAACUUGAAUAUAUCUUAUACUAGUGAUAGUUGUCCUAAUAGUAACAAUUAUUUUGGUUCAAUAUUCCAAGGAGGAUCUUUAUUUACUCUUAUUCAACAACCUCAAUUUAUAACUCCGAUUGUUUCCAGCACACUGCCACUUGCCUACAAGUCACGGGAAGACACACCAGACUCCACUAGCAGUGGUUCUCUCUCUGGAGAACUAAAAGCUUCCAGUGCAUAUAAUAGAACAAGGAGUAAAGCUUCUAAUCUGUUCUUAUCAUGCAGAAGAGAUAAAGUAAAUAUUUCAGAACCUGGUAAAAGGGCUACUGAUGUUGAAACAGUCUUAAAUAGAAUCAAGAAUGGUGAAAAAAUAUUGGUAAUACUUCGUGGAUUACCAGGCAGUGGAAAGUCAACUUUAUCUCAGCAACUAAAAGCCAAUGGUGUAGUUUACAGCACUGAUGAUUUUUUUAUUAAAAGAGAUAAGUAUCAGUUUGACUGGACUAAGCUUCAUGAAGCACAUGAAUGGAACAGAAAAAGGACAACAAAAGCUUUAGAAAAAGGAAAAUCUCCAAUAAUUAUUGAUAACACUAAUAUUGAGUUGUGGGAGAUUAAACCAUACGUUGUUCUAGGAGUUAAGUUUGGUUAUAAUGUUGAACUGGUUGAGCCUGACACUGUGUGGAAAUUCAACGCUGCCCAAUGUGCUAAACGUAAUACACAUGGAGUAUCUAAAGAAAAGAUUUUAAGAAUGUUUGAGAGGUAUGAUAGCACCAUAACGGUUGAUUCCAUUCUCUCCACCUUAAAGAAAAAUGUUGACUUAUCUUCAAGUGGAGUGUCUAUGACAACUGACUACAGUUCUAAAGCUGCAACUGAACUACCAAAAGAUAAAACUGUAUCGGUAACAAACGAAAAGCCUUCCUGUCAUAUCCCAUCUACUCCUAAUGACCAAGACAUUUUUUUAUCCAAUAAACAACAAAAUGAUAAUAGCAUUAAGAAAAAUGAUCCAAUUACAGAAACACCUAACUUAAAGGGAACUCAAAUCUCUAGAUUUCCAAAAAAUGCAGGAUUUUCUUUAGCAGAUGGUAGAAAUGGUAUUUCUCAAUUAAAGCUCAAGUGGGAAGAACUCAUGGAACUUGCACAACAAGACAGUGGGAGUGUAAGUAGAAGAACAUCUGCUAGCUUGUCCAGUCAGGACACAUCUAGUUGGGAGAAAGAUGAAGACUUCUUCUGGACAGCCAAUGGCUCUCCUGCUCACAGAGGGAGCUUAAUUCUACAAAGAGAGACAGUGAAAGAGGAAAGUGAAGUUGACACAGAUUCUGACUUUAAACACUCCAGCCCUAUAUGUGUAUCUCACAGUUUCUCUUCAAGACAACCAUCAUACUCUAGGAGCCAAGAAACUAUACACUUUCAGUUCAAAGAAGAGAAUAAUUCUUGUUAUUCUGAUAAUCACAAGAUUGAAAAUAAAUGUGAAAAACUACAACCAAAAUCACAGAGACAGAAUAAUAAGAAAAAGUAUAUGUAUGAACCAAUAAGAAUAUCUGAAGUGCAAAAUUCUGUGGAAAUGAAUGAGAAACUUUCAAGUGAAAAGUGUUUUGAGUGGAAUGCAGACUGGGAAUGUAAAAGAGAAUGUUUGCACUGGAGUAGCUCUGAGAGUGAAAUCCAAGAAGAAAAGACAAAACUAAGUCCUCGUCCACAAAGAAAAGCAAGACAUGCCAGAAAAGAUCCUGCUUUGUCGUACAGAGCAAAUGAAUUAUCUAGUGAAUCAGAUACUGACAGAUCCCAAAACCUGAAAAUAGCCCAUGUAAGACACACUGAUGAAUUGAACCACUCUGAACAAAAACUGUCUGACUGUUCAUCAUUUUCAGCAAAAUGUAAGAACAACUGGUCUCUUCCUGCUUUUCCUGUUGAUUUUAAGAAGAAAGAAAGUGAAGAUCAGUAUUCAGAGGUUUUCGAUCCACCCAAGAGUGGUAAUGUAUCUAAAAAUGAUAAUGAAACUCAAAGUGAAUCAAAAGACUUUAUAAUUUUACAAAAAGUCCAAAAGAAUCAUGUCAUUGAUAGUGAAAUAAUAGUUCGCAUUGGCAGUAUUUAUUAUGACAAGAUUAGUGAAACUGGAAAGUCUGUUCUUUUAGCAGAAAAGGAUGCAGAAAUACCAAUUAUAGUUAAGUUACACAAAAGUACCACAACUCAUGAUCUGCCCGAUACAAUGACUAAGAGUGAAAAGCUGGAAUUUUUGAAGAACUGUUUUCCAGACAUUGGAGAGGAAGAUAUUGUUGAAAUAUUUGAAAAGUGUCAAGGUGAUCAUCACUGGACUGUUAACAUUCUAUUAGAUUUUGGGUAUGAAUACAAUAAUCAUGAAAGAAUUUCAGACCUGGCUCCACUUCAAAUAAUUGAAGAAUGUGACCAUCCACAAAAAAAUCAAGGUGAUAAUGACAUGUUGACAUCAGGAAACAAAAUUUUAGAUGGAUUAGUUUGUCUUCCUGAACCUACACAAGAACUAUCUGCAAAUACCAAGCACAAAGGCCAAGGAUAUAAUCCAAGCAGUCAAAAUAUAAUGAGAGAUGCAAGUGUACAGAUUAAUCAAGACCAGAGUUCUUCAGUGUCUAAUACGCUUGAAAUGGUGUUAGACGUAACAUUUGCCUUACAAUUAGAAGAAAUAUUUGGCCCAAUACAGCUACACACAUCAGCAGAAACUCUGUCUUCAGAUGAUCUAAGAGUAGUGCUUGAUGAGAAAAUCCUUCGACUGAUUUAUGAUCAGUGGAUAAAGAGACUGCAAGAAAAAUAUCCCAAGGAAGAAAUAGAACCAUUCAAAGACGUACAACAAAUUAAAAGUAUACAGAUAGAAGCUGACAAGACUUAUCUAGAAGAAAGAAAGCAAAGACUAGGGAAGGAUCAUAUUCCCCUCAGUGAACAAAAACAAGAGAAGGAUUGUAUUCCCCUCAGAGAACAAAGACUAGAGAAAGAUUGUAUUCCCCUCCGUGAAAUCAUGGAUAUGGAAAUGGCCCUGCAUCUUAGCAGAGAAGAAAAACUGAAGGAUCCUGCUUCUAAAGGACAUGAACUUGCAUCUCAUUUGAAGCGGAGACAGUUGUACGAACUAUUCCCGGGAGUAGAUGAAAGUGCUUUAGAUGAAGUUUUAGAGUCCACAAACUAUUCACUGCUUUCUGCAGUUGCAGCUGUUGAAGGGGCAACAGGACAGUCAAGUUGUCAGUCUGAGUUCAUUGUGAAGGAACUGACAUCUGGUGAUGAAGACUUAGACUUUAAUAUGGACUUUUUGGAAUGGGUUUCUUUAGAAGCUACUCAUGAUUCAGUUAAUAAUGCAGCAACAGUACUUGACUUUAAAGACCUUCGAGCUGAAGCUAACCUCCAUCAACAUUUGAGGAACGAGUGUUUUCAGAAAGCAAGAGAAGCGUAUCGUCGUGGGAUGAAAGCUGUUGCUUCGUUCUACUCCCAGCAGGGCCACCUACACACGCAGAAACUAAAAGAUGCCAAUCAAAGAGCAGCAGAAAAGUUAUUAGAACAAAGUAAUAAAGACAUGGCAGACUUUGUUUUGGAUUUGCAUGGACUCUAUCAACAGGAGGCUUUAGAAGCACUUGAAAAUUUCCUAACAUGUAAGAUGGAAGAGCUGAGAGUUUCUCCUGACAGGAAAAUGGUGGUAUAUGUUAUCACAGGCAGAGGUUCUCACAGUGUCAACAAAAAAGCAAAAAUAAAACUUUCAGUAUUUGAAUACUUGGAAAGACAUAAUUUCAG